AUGCAAUGGUUGGAAUCGCCGGCUCGAGUACGUGCUCUUCUGAAACGAGAACUGAGAUCAUCUCAAGAUUUACCACCACCUCCACCAUCGAUCAGUGGUCUUCCUGACAAGAUAACAAGAGUUUAUUUGGGAGAAGAGUUGGCUAUUCUGGAUCCGGGGGUUCAUGCAUGUUUGGAAAGAACACUCCUCCACCUCUUCUAUGAAACCAAAUGUGAUCCAUAUAGUUUCGAACAUUUGAAUAUCGAGAAUAUCGAUAGAUGUUAUGCUGAAGCGAAUGUUCCAGUUCCUGCAGAAUUCGGGGGUCAACCGAGAAGAAAAACGAAAAAAAAGGAAGAGAAAAAGGAAGAAGUAGUGGAAGAUGAGACACCUCAAGAGAAGUGGUCUAUCGGGAAUUCUGUCAUUUUCGCCUUUACAGUAAUUACGACUAUUGGAUACGGUCACGUGGCUCCAGAAACCUUCGAAGGACGUCUAUUCCUCAUCUGCUACGGAGUCAUCGGUGUCCCAUUCACUCUUCUGACAAUUGCUGAUCUAGGAAUGUUCCUCACUAAAUUCCUCAAAUAUCUACUCACAAUGGCACGAAGAUUCGCAUAUUUCCUAGUGAAACUUUAUCAGACUGCGAAGAAACGAAGAUGCAAAGUACAGAAAACUAGUCCAAUUCCUGCAGAAUCAGAAAGAUCAGAAGUGUGGAGUACGGAGAAAGAAAUGAAAGAAAUGAGUAUGAGAACUGCAAGAGAACCAGGAGAAGAAGGCGAAGAAGAGAAGGGAGAAGGGAAUGGAGAAGAGGAAGAAGAGGAGGAGGAGAAGAAUGAGGAACCGAGAAAAGCCGAAGAAUCAAUAGCCCUUGGAAUAACAUUCACCUGUUAUCUAGUUGCUGGAGCCAAGAUUUUAUCAGUCUACGAACCGGAAAUGGACUUCUUCAAGGCCUUGUACUUUAAUUUUGUGACAUUGACAACUAUUGGAUUGGGGGAUUUUGUGCCAAAGAGUUUCGACUACCUCUUCAUCACUUUGAUCUACAUUGGAAUCGGUCUUGCGUUGACCACAAUGGCCAUCGAAAUCGCAGCUGAUUUAUUGAAAAAGUUGCAUUAUGUUGGAAGGAAAAUGGAGAAUGUCGGACAGGCAGUUGUGUGGUUUGGUGGCAAAAAAAUGACGAUGAAAGCUCUCGUCAAACAUUUGGGUGAUCAAUUCAAUAUUCCCGAGGAGGAGUUGGCCAAUUUGGAUAUGACAGCAUUCGUGGAUAAUGCGAUUAAAGUGGAGAAAGGAGAGAUUGCCACGUUGAGAAAACCUCCAACGCCACCUCCCGUAGUAUUCCGUGAACGUGCAUUCAGCUACAGUAACCUCCGUAAAUCGAGUGAGAGUGCAUUGAAAUACGUGGAUGACAAUCGAUUCAGUAAGAUGACUGAGCCUACUGUAUCUACAGUAAUCAUUCAUGAAACCACGCGAACCAUCGACACGUUGCAUAACUUGGCGGACGCAAUUCGGAGGGAUCCUUCGAUUCCACGACUCGAUUUGGAUGUUCACUAUCUGACUGAUAUGUCUGCUCCAACGUCGUUCGAUGAGCAUUAUCUUCGAACUUAUACUAAUGCACGUAGAAAAUGA